AGCAGCUAAGAGCCACGAUGAUAGGCCAACGUUUUGCACAACAAAAACAUGUAAACAGAGCAUAGGCUUGAUGAAACGCAAAGUGUCGGAAGUUGACUGCAUCAAGUCUAGUCAGAAAGUAUACUUGGACGAUGGUUAUAACAUUGCUUCAAAGGUUCCCAAGCUUACAUGUUUAUUAUCCAAGGAAUCUGCAUCUCUGGACAGGUUUCGAAGCACAUACUGCAAGCCAAUAGGGGAGAAAAUGCUUUCUAUUGCAGCCUUCAGUAGCAGCAAGCAACCACAUUCCCUAUUGCCUCAGACUGGGGACCUCUUUGUCCCUGGCAAGGAAUUCCCCAUUGCUGAAAACGAGACUCAAAAUACAGACAUCCCGGACCCUGUAAUAAUUCAGAGCGAUGUUCAAAGCCUACCUACCUUCUCUAUAUUCACCAAGCGGAAGCCUAUCUUGGACAAGACUGGAGGUGGUGGAGUUUCUCUGGCAUCAAAACUUAGUCAUCUGAAACAACAGCGAGUGGUUGACCUGCGUCAACAAAGCCCUCUUCAGUCUGAAAUGAUAGAUACUAAGGUAGACGACAACGUCCAAGACGGCAACAACAACAACUGUUCUCCCAACCGGACCUGUGGUGGACCUACAGCACAGAGCCCAGUGUCUGCCCUACAAGACACUUCAAGGCCUGAACUAACGACCGGGCCGGAGGGCUCAACGUCCGGAGACUGGCUGGAUCACUUUGACGACACACUGGGCCGGACGGUGUCCGUCAACCAGGUGACCGGACUGAGCCGCUACGAGGUCCCAGCCACGGGGGACACCCAGGUCUGCUGCACUUCGGAUGUCACACGCAUGGCAGUGAACGUUGUCACUGAGACAGGGUUCGAAUAUAGAUGCUACCCAUUUCAGAUGGAGCAAAUCUUGCCCUUCCUUCCCAGAGACAAAAGAGUAGUCAGUUCAGGGGCUGAAAACAGAGGUACCCGCUCUCAUUAAAACAUUAGUGGAUCAACGGGUCCAAUGCAAACAAUCCAACCAUUGUGUUUUCUGCAUGUAUGAUGUUUUUCAUAUCUGUUCCUACAGGGGAUAAGCUGGAGAACUCUCUUUCCUCCAUGUACUCUAAAUGGAAGAACCCUGUGUUUGACAGGCCUCCUGUGGUCGGUGUAGACGUAUGCAGUGACCAAGCUGACGGUCUGGCUGUCAAGAUCCACAACAUCCUGUUUCCAUACCGCUUCUCUAAAGCCAUGAUUACCUCGAUGAAGGUGAUUCAUCAGGUAGAUAAGAAGUUCCUUGCGUGUCUGAUUAACACUCGGGACACAGAGUCGGCCCAGGCCCCGGGAACUGAAGGAAAUCUCUUGGUACUGGUGGACCAGCACGCUGCACAUGAACGAGUCCGCCUGGAAAAGCUUAUUGCAGACUCCUACGAGGACGACCCCGACACGCCCGGCGAGCGGCGCCUGUGUUCCUCCAGCGUCGCGCCGCCGCUGGAGCUGAGCGUGACGGAGGAGGAGCUGAGGCUGCUCAGGGGCUGCCAGGCUCCUCUCCGCGGCCUGGGCCUGCAGCUGGAGCUGCCCACGACGGGGGCCCCCCGGGUCCUGGUGGGCAGGGUGCCGCUGUGUUUCACCGAGAAGGAGCACAACGAGGUGCGGCGGGGCCGGCCGUCCGUCAUCAAGGCCGUCGUGGAGGAAUACCUCAGAGAUCAGCUCGAGAUAUUCUGCUCCACAGGCAGCGUGCGAGGAACUCUGCCUCUCGCGGUGCUGAGGGUCCUGGCUUCCCUGGCAUGUCACGGUGCCAUCAAAUUCAACGACGUCCUGAGUCUGGACGAGUGCCACAGCCUGGUGGGCUCCCUGUCGUCCUGCCAGCUGCCCUUCCAGUGCGCCCACGGCCGUCCCUCCAUCGCACCGCUGGCAGACACCCUGUUUCUGGAAGGCGACGAGAAGGAAACACAGAGACCCAACCUAGGACGACUCAGAAGAAUGUACAAGGCUUGGGAGCUUUAUGGACGUAGAAAACUGUGAUUUGUGUAUUUUAGUAUUGCAGUACAAACCUGGAUCAAUUCUAGGCUAUUUAUUUGAUUAAAUACGAUGAAUUAUAUUGAUUUUGCUCUCUAUCAGACUUAUUUGGAAGCCUAACUGACAAUGUUUUAAAAGAAUAACAUAUUUUAUAUCAGAGGAGAUUAUUGUGAAAGUCAUCACAACAGUAUCUGUUGAACACUAUCCAAGGUAAUAUUGCUCAGGUCAGAUUACUAUUUAUUUCCCCUUCUUUUUGUGCAUUGGAUCUUACUAUUUACUGUUACUAUUGUAUCAUAUUACUUUGUGUAGGUAAAGACCUCAAGUAAUCCAUGAAAAACGAGGCCUCGACUUUGAAUUAUUUUGCAGCAUCCUUCGUGCUGGCAUCAGGUUAAUAUGUAAUGCAAAUAUAUGAUGUCACGCAAAUCUUGUUCCUAUAGCACAUAUGAAACUUAGCAUUUUUUUUACAGACCAUCCACCCCCUUUGGAUCUUUUGGGCCAUUAGAAAAGCUGGUCUCACAAGUCCGGCAUUAGAUCAGCGAUAGUUAAAGACAUCUCUUCCAUCUGUGCUUAAAAAACGUUAUUUGUUUUUAUUAGACGGAUGUUCAUCAAUAGUC